AAGGAAGUAGUUGUCAAAGUCAGCUGUGUGUGCAUUGUAUGUGUAGACGCAUUUUCAACAUUUGAGCAUGUAUUUAAACUAUACUCAACAGGAAUUGGUAUGUUUUGUUUUUGUUCGAAACGACGAAUGAUGUGAACAAAAAAAUCUACACUUGACAAAAAAAAAACUGCGUGCAUUGUAUAAACCUGUGUUAACAUAUUUUUUUCCAUCAUCUUUGGACUGCGAAAACAAUGUGUUUGAUAACAAUAAUUGAAAAGCAAAAAAUCUAGCCAAUUUACACACAGUUCGAACACACUAUACGGAAAUAUAAGAGAGACGAUCUGUCGAUUUGCUGUUGCAAAUCGUUGCGUUUUAUUUAUUUGUGUUUCAUCAUGAAAAAACUGAUUAUUUAGUGGGCAAAAAAAAUGGUUGUUUAUUUUGCACGGUGUAAAUAAAUCGGAAUAAAAUUGAUUGUGAACAGUGCGACGCACAGUGCGAUGGCCACCUUAGAGAAGCCAAAACAAAAGAAAAAGAAGAAGGUGAGACCGAGCAGUGUUGCUGAGGAAUCAGCUGAAAAUGUGCAAUGGUCGAAUGCUGACAUUGAAUUUCCCAGCACAUCAACCAGUGACGAAAUUGAAAUCAUCUCACAACCAGAUGAUGAAACAAUUUGCAAACUAUUAUCAGCCUUACCUAUUCCCAGCGAAACGGUGCACAGUCCCAACGAAAAUAGUGAAACUGUCGGAAAUGCAGACAUACCGAUAACAGACACUGGAACCAUCGCGGAAAAUGAUGUGUUCAAUAAUGACAAUGACGAAGACAAGACGGCAGACGAAGUAAAGAAUGCAGAAGAAGAGAAUGUAGAGGAAGAGAAGUCAGCAAAUGAAGAGGUAGCUGUGGAAAGUGAAAAAGUGAGUGAGAAAGAAAAAACAGCACCACCCAUAGAUGCAGCUAAAACAAGAGAAAAUGAGCCAAUCGAAGCACACCCAAUACCACUGGCUCCAUCGGCGCCAGCAAUCGAAGAUGACGAUGCAACGCAAAUUGAUUUACCGCUACAAAAUUUGCUCUAUCCAAAUUUACAGAGCAUACAGUCAAUUGGCCAAGCCAUCAAUUCAGUGCAACAAACAAAGGAGCAAAUUAUUUUGCAACCAUUCACGGAUGAACAGCUCAGAGAGCUCUACAAUAAUCCCGAAUCGAUUUUGGCCGAAGCAUUCGAAGCCGACUUCAUAAACACCGAACUAAAUAGCACGCACAAAGACAAUCCGCUUUAUGAAUUGAUCAAAAAAUAUUCGCACAGUCGAUACAAUUUGAAAGUGAACAUGCUCGAUUUGCACGCAUACAUCAAAUGCUUUCAAGAAAACUCACAAAAAGUUUGGAUCAUCGAAAAUCGCAUCACAACGUAUGAAGGUGUUUGCGCCGACGGCGAACGAAUUCGCAAAAAUGAACUAUAUGAAUACGCCGUUUUGAACGAGCAAAACUUCCAGAAGCUCUCUUCAAACUUGAAUAACACAUUGCAGUUGGUGUGUUACAGUUUCAUGACGAAUUUAUAUGCCUGUGAAUCAUACAGAACGCAGAUUGAGCAAAGUAUUCGUGAAUUACUUGCCCAUCCUGCAUUCACGUCAAUUCGAACGACAACACCAAUCGCCCUGAAUAAAACACUCGCCGCUGAUAUUUUGGAUGCAAUGCGUGAGGUUCGCGUCACCGUUUCGGUGCUGUUUAGUUUUUUACGUCGACAAGUGCCUGACAAAGAGUUUAGCAAUGACAUUAAGAAAUGGCUUGAAAAGUUGACUGCUUACUAUGUACGUGUGGCCACAUGGCAAGAUCAUCUGUUUAUCAUUUAUCAUGUGCUUAGAUGUCCGCCGGGUAUUGCAUCCUGGGCCACAUCGCUCAUUCAAAUUCCAAAGACAAAAACCAUUGAAAUGGCACCAUUCACCAGUGACGAGAUCAAUCAUUGCGUGACUUUUUUGAAAGUGCUCCUCAUGCCAACCAAGCUGCGCACGGAAUUUUUGGCCAAUUUGCACACUGAAAACGGACCGAUUGAUGCAACCACCGAAGAUCUAUGGAUUAUCAUCGAUUCAGAUGGCGAAGAAGACAACACUCCGGCAGGAGAAUGUGCCAAACUGAAAGAAAACGACUUGAUCGCUUUGCUGAACCAAGUUCCGUUUGAAUAUUUAUUUAGAUCGAUGACCUUCACCACAGUCAAUGGUGAUCAUAAGAAAAUAAACAAGAACAUGUUAAGUGGAUAUCACUUGUUGAAAUUUAUAGCGUUUUCCACGAAUUUAGUUGAACUUCUGGGCGAAGGAUUGAAAACCUAUGCAAAUGAAAGAUACAGACAAUUCGCCAAACUUCUAAGUCGUUUGGUUCGCCACUCUGUGCAAUACGUUUCGGAUAUGCAUUCCCUGUUCCGGUUUGUUGCAAUGUUUUAUCGCAUAAAAUUGAUCCAUUUCUAUCUAUUAAUUAAUUUGGCUUCCUUUUUCAGAUCGAGUGACUUACGAAAAGACGAUAAGUUGUGUGCCCGAAUCCAAGUAGAGUUCGACACAUUUGUGUUGCGUUCGAGCAAUUACAUUUAUUUAUCACGAUUUUUGGGUGCUUGGCAAUAUUUGGCCACUCUACCAUUUUCAGAGCUUCAUAUCAAAACCACAUGGAAACUGUAUCAUAUGCUAACCUCUGGAUUUUCCAAGGAUUCAAUUGAAAAUGUGACAGAAGAUUUCCAAAAGAAAGCGUCACAAGGUGCCUUUUUGGAGCAUUUCAACGACAUUGUCGUCGAUGUUCCCGCUGAAGAUAUGUACUAUUUGCUGCAAACGUUUGCCUCAAUGGCAUUGGCCCGGGAAAUGAAUGAUUUAGAAUUUAUUCGACGUGUGACGACCGACUUAUUUAAAGUUGGUUUCAUAAAUGCGCUUACACGAGACAAUUGUUAUAAAAUCGUUCGUGAUCUCCUAGUUAAUAUCACAUCGAAGCACACCGAAUUGAUUUCGGACCUACUCACAUUGCUCAAAGAGAAUUUCAAACUGAUUGAUAAAUACGGUCCAUAUUUGUUUAAAUCACUGCCAUUGGAUGGAUGGCGACCUCCGAUGGAAGUGUUUGAAAUAUCGGCAAAUUGGUUGCUGAACCAUGGUUUUGAGACACGUGAAAGUGCAAUGGCUCGAACCAUUUUCAGUCGUUUGAAUUGGAAUUUCGACAAGACAACGGGCGAACUAUUUUUGCCGUAUGAAAUUCAUGUGCGUAUGGCAUCGUUGAUUGUGGAUGUGUCAUCGAAGCUCGUGCCCGAAACGAUUGGAUCGUCUGGAAUAUCGGAAAGUGUUCGUCAGAUGUCGAAUUUGGUGAAGGGUCAAACACCGCAUCAACAGUUCAUUAUGUGGUGCUGGAAUAUGGUGUCGGUCCUGCGAUUGCACUCAUUCGAUCAAAGCCCGGAAUUUAUUCGACGCGCCAUUCGAAAUCCAACCGAUGCACUGCGUUUUGUCAAUGAAUUGGAGCGGCUGCCUUCAAUUGCAAAAGGUGUCAGUGAAAAUCGACCGAUCGCUGUAUACAUUUCGAUUUUAACCACUUUGUGGGGCCAUUCAGUGCCGCAAAUAUGCCACAAGGGUUUUGCGCAUAUGCAAAAUUUGCUCAACGACUAUCGAUAUUCGACGGUAAUUCGAUGCCUACAGCUGGUGACACCGUUUUUCUUGGAUUGCCCGGAGAGUCUAUGUAAAUGUACCGCUUUUCAAUCAAUUUUAACAUCAAUCCUUCAAGCCGAUCGCACGUACAUUCGCAUGGCCAAGGAUUUUAUUAGCUGCGAUUAUCCCGGACCAGUCGUUGAACUUUUCUCGAAUAUGAUUCAAGCACAAAUUAUCGACUAUUUCAAAUUCGAUCUUCAAACGCCCGUUAUCCUCGUCAGUUUAUGGCUCAAUUGUUUAACCGUUAAUCCACAGUGGUACAAAGAUCCAAACUCAUUGUACAUCGUCGAUGUUAUACUUCGAAUCGCAUACCAAUUCAACGAUGCAUGGAUUACAGCCAAGAAUUUCUUCAAAUUUUUCUGCAAGAUUCACAAUGAGCCAAAAUCAAGCGUUUCUUCAACGUUUAUACCAUUUUUGGGCGGCUCACAACCAACCGGAUUUUUCUCGGUACAUUCAGCAACAACACCCUGGUUGGCUUUGUUGGUGCUGGAAAUUGAACACGAAAUGUUCGAAACAGAAACAAAGCUUUGGCCGGAAAUUGUGCGUCAGCUCCAUGGAGCAUCAGCCAAAUUUUCGAUGGACAAUAUUAUUAAGAGUUCAGCAAAAUCCGUUGGAUGUGUAUCUUUUACCAGCAGCUCAUUGGUGCUAUACAAAUUGGCGAAUUUAAUUUUAACAUUGCCCCAACAAGAGGAAUUAUUGCCGAUCUUUUGUCAAAAAUUCUUUCAUCUCUAUUUAACCCGGAUUCGAUUUAGCGCCGACGAAGAAUGUUUCACUGAUAUUUAUGGUGUUGCUGACAAAUUCUACGAUGCCAACAUUCCAUUGAUGAAAAAACUGAAGAAGUUCUUCAUUGAAUGCGCAAAAUUUGAAAAGGAGCGCUCAAUUAAAGCCAAUGAACAGAAUUUAUCGGAUCUUUAUAGCGCUCGUUCAAGGCUUUACAGCAGUUUUGAGCUAUGGUUGGAAGAGACACGUUUGAACAAGAUUCUUCAUUUGCGUUUGGAGUCAUUUCCACCAGCGUACGAUUUGAAUCGACUGGGAUUAAUUUUUGGCAGCAAUAGCGCACACUGGACGGAGUUCAUUCAAUUGUCAACGAUACGGCAAAUUCAAAGAGACGGAGCUGAUUCAUGGCUUCGAUCAUGUUUGCGUUAUGUGGCUGCAAGUAAGCACACAACCGCCACAUCCAAGGCACUUAAAGUGAUCGAUCCAGCCGACAAUAUAAUUCGUUUACUAGACUCAUACGAUGCACCAGUUGCACCUCCGAUUGUACCAGGCGAAACGUUGUUGGUGAAGAAAAUGACAUUGCCUGAACUCAAACGAAAUGUGCUCAAAACCAUGCAAAACGAUUUCAAGAAACUUGACGAAUUGUCUCGAAUGUUUCACAUGGAUGUGCAAGAGCUCAGCUCAUUGGAUAGCACAUACAAAGAAAUGCUGCGCAUUUUACACGAGAAUAAGUGUCGACAGGAGCGCAGAGAAGUGAGAUGCAGUUCGAUUGUAUCGAGUAAAUCAUGCAAAGGUGGUGUUUUUGUCAAUAUCCAGAUGCCUUAUCACGAAAUCAACGAAGUUGUCAGCGAUAAGCUAGCAACAAACCGAGAACGUCAUGAGCAGCUCAUAAAUAAGCUAAUUUCAGCGCCAGCAUUACAUAAAAUCUUACCGAUCGUUCAAAUUCAAUUUUCCAUUAAACGUCUACUCGAAAGCUAUCGAUAUUGCAAGCACAUUAACGACGAAGCACAGCUCAAGGAAAUUACAUCGAUUGCCAACACAUUUUUCUACUACAUGAUCAAUGCGAUCAAUGAAAACAUCAACUCAUUCCAUCCUGCACAAGAUCUGUGCACGGUGAUUUUGUCACAAAUUGGCAUUUUCCUGCAAGAAAACCAAAACACGGAAGGAAUGAAUUUAUUGAAAACCGCACUAAAACGUCCCGAUUUAAUCAAACCGAUUUCCGAUUUGUUUGUGCCAUCAGCCACAAUACCCGAAGUCUUUUUACAACUUUACAAAUUUAUCAUUGACUCUCAUUUGAAAAACUGUGAUCCGAAAAUUUUAUUCGUGUUAUUAUCUAAGUUCGAUGUAAAUAGUUGGCUAACGACGCAUAAACCAAAACUGGCCGAUAUCAAUCAAUUGGUUCAAUUGAUUUUGCAAGGUUUGGAGUGUUGGAAUAAAAAUGAGUCGGCAUUGAUUCAAGGAUUGCUGCGUCGUCAUUUGAUCCACAUUUUUAUGUAUGACUUUCCUGAGCAUUAUGGUGAAGUGUUGCUCAUGGUUCUGAAAGGUUGUUCUGAGAACAAGCUCAUGCCAUCGAUUUUGCUCGAGCUUUCAAACACCAUUUAUAAGCUGGCCAAUUGCCCGGAAAUUGAUGCGAACGCCGAUUGUGGCAAAAUGAAAGAAGAUAUUUUGUAUUUUGCAACCAAUCAAAAAUUGUUUUCAUAUCGUGAUUUAUAUGAAACCAUCGCAUUGUUUGCGCGACAUUUCCAAAAUGAGCGUUUGCAACACGGAUUGAAUGGCUUGUAUCCCAUUCAUAAGGAAUAUUGCAAAUGGAUAUCAGCAAUGUUCGAGACAUUUGGUCAUUCGUUAAUUGUGUCAUCCGUUCAUACAAAUCCGGGAGCAUUGUCAGAUACUUUGAUCGAAUGGAUUUGGCCGAGCGUGUGUGAAAUGUUUUCGCCUUGGUUGUUCCCGUACUAUCCACAGAAUUUGCCAAAUCUUCCAGCCAAUUGGAUUCGACAGUUCAAUACGCCAAUUCUAUUGCCAUGGAGUGAACUGUAUUCGCAAUACUCACAAAUGUUGCUUCAGUCAUUCAUCAACUGUAUCCAAUUUAUGCUUGAUACGUUCCCUGCUUGUGACCUCAUACUCAGCAACAUUUUCUAUUGGUACGAAACUAAUUUCGGUAAUGUAGCCGUGCCACGUCAUGUCUUGCUUCCGACAAACACAACGUUAGUGCUUCUGCCGUGGAAUCGUUUGAAACCGACUCCAUUGAAUAUUAGUGGAUUUCAUCGACUGUUGCAACAGUAUCUCCCGGAUUGCCAUUCAUUCUUGGGCCAUAUUUUCCUGCGUGUCAACUGGACGCCGUGGAUUUACAGCAACAUUCAUCAAUGGGAUUAUACGACCAGGAAUCGCAUUUUAUCCACCCUGUUGUUGAUGUUUGUGAAAUUGUCGUAUGAGCCAAGUGUUCGGGAAAAUGCUCAACUGUUGAUACUACUACAAGAAGCCAUUACCUUCCCAUGGUAUAUGCUCGACUAUCAGGGUAUCGAAGGCACCUUUGACUGGUAUGUGAUGUCUACGGAACCAUCUUCUAUCUUAUGCCUGAAUUCCGAACAUUCUGCAGUCGAUAACAGCAUCUUGAGCCUGCUACAAACUGCAUCAUCAAUAAUUAAUCCCGAAACCGAACAUUCUCAAUUGCAAUCACAAUUGCAAGCAAAGCGAAUUUUGUACGUCAAGAGCAUUGUUCGAUUGCUACGACUAUGUGGUUCGAAGUAUCAACAACUUUUAACAACUCCAGACGGAUUAAAAUCGUUCCAUUCGUCGAUCUUCAAUUUACUAACGCUCAUUGAUGGUGUUGUGACCAAAGACAACGAAACGGAUGCUAUAAAUAUGAUGACAGAAAUGGUGGGCUCAAUUCAAUUGCAAGGCGAGUUUACUUCAAGAAUUUUCGUUGAGGCAGUCGCAAUAUGGCAAGCAAGUAGCGAGAUCGGAAAUUUGGUGGUUUCAGCAACACUCAAUGCAAUUGGCACUUGCAAAUCGUUUUCAAACAAUAUAUUCAUGCUGCUGGAGACAACCGUUUUCAAUUACUUCAGAAAUUUAGAGUCAAAGAAAGACGAGCAUUCACCGACGUGGGCAAAUGUUUUAGAUCGCUUAGGACCAACGCUACCAUCAUUCGAUCUGCAACAAAUGUUCGACGGUGAGCAUUUGUUGUGCAUUUAUAUUUCAAUGAUCUACAAAUUGAAAGAGCAACAGGAGAGCGGUGAACGGAUCACAUAUCUUCAGAAUAUCGGAAAAAUUUUGGAAAACUAUAAAUCAUCAUUGAACACUGAGUCAAAAUUGGUGAUUAUUUGGGGCUUAUUGAUCACAUGCGGUUUCAAAUUGCUUCAUAUAAAUUCCAAUGCAAAGGAACCACUGUUGACACUAGCGCGACACUUGAAAUCAACGUCAAACAUAUCCGAUGGCUGGGGAGAAGGACUUUUGGGUGCUAUUGGCUUUAAAAAAGAGACCACAUCGAAUAAACGUAAAAUUAUUGCAAAAUGCUUGGCAUGCAUCAUCUUCUCGUUAUUCAUGGAAAGUGAGAAUCACCACAAAGAGUACGAACAGGCGUUAGAGGAUCUGAAGAGUUCAGUGAAAUCAAAGAAAUUUGCCGAUAUUCGGGCUACAGCAACAGCAACCAUUGACAUAGUUGAAAAUCAGUCGAAAUCCUUAGCAAACACCAAAGAAAAUAUCUGUACUGUAAUUCGGUUAUUCUACAAUGACUGCUUCUUAAUUUCGCUUGAGGAAAUUUGGUCAUUUUAAAUUGUUUCGUGACAACUGUUGAUAUUCAUCAACAAUAUAUGCUGAUUUUUUUUUAUAUUGUUCGAAACGUUUAUUUUAAAUAAACAAUAAAUUUUUAUAUUGGGUCUAUACAUUA